AACAUAAGGUUUAUUUUCUUACAUUUUGAUUUAAUUAAUGUUUGUUUUAGAUUAGUUCUCUAAUAGUUAGUCCAUUGAUUUUUGUUUAAAAGAUCUCCUUUCUCAAAGUAAAUUAUUUUGCAAAUUAUCGCAUUUGUUUGAAAAUCAUCAAAUAAUGCCGGAUUCGGUCAAAUCUUGCGGAAGCAGUAGACGCAGUAUCAGCAGUAGAGGGAGUACGACAAGCUUUAAAACCAACUGGUCCAUGUGCCACAGUUUCUCCGACUGCUAUGAUUAUGUCUGCAAAGCACACCACACCCAGCCUUUACGGGACAUAAAAGCUCAUCUAUCUCGAAAUAUUCUUUCAUUCAAUGGAGAUAGGAUAAAAUAUGAGGACUGGAUUCCAUUGACAAAGGCCAUUGCAGGAGAUAAAUUUUUGCAUUACAUCGGCAUAAGAAGUCAUUUAUCUUCAGGGAGUGUAAUGCUGGAUAAAAUAAACUGUGAGAAGAAAGUAAAGGAAUUUACCAAAGGGCCCGUCAUUUUCACUAAGUUCAUGUUGAUCAAUUUAAUGAACGCUUUAUCCGAAUGCUUGUCCCAGUCAAAGGCGUUGAUGUGUCUUCAAUUGCAAAUGCUACCACUCCAUGGAGAACCAAUUCAAAUUUUGAAUGGGACCGACCUCUUUACCUGCAGGCACUUGAGGUCACAAAAUCUCUACAGCACCUGUCCUUACCAUCUUGCAAAAUUGGUGACGAAUAUUGUGAAAUUUUAUGCAGGGCAAUAAGAAACACAGCUUCUCUUGUAUCGCUUGAUUUAUCGAACAACAACCUUUCAGAAAAAGGUGCUGCCAGUAUCGCAGAACUGUUGAAGGUCCAAGAGAUCGCCAGGUACGGAGAAUGCUGGAAACAUUCUCUGCGAUAUCGGGAAGUACCAAAUGAACUAAUACCUGGCCUUCGAAGGGUGACAAUCAACAAUAAUCCAGACAUUGGCGACAAAGGGCUUCGUUGCAUUAUUGAUGUUCUGUUUGAUGAUUACUGGAUCAAAGCCAUUGAUAUGCAAAAUUGCGGAAUAACUGACAGAGGAUGUACUUUAAUACAAAAACUGCUCGAGAUUGACAGUGAAAUUGUUAUUUUUGACGUACGAAGAAAUCCUAUUAUUGAUACUAGUAUAAUAGCAAAUAUUGUUGAAACGCUUGCUCUUAAUUCAAGCGAGGAAGAUAAGGGAAAGUACGGAUGGCUGGACAUUAGACCAUCCAACCCUGUAGCUAUCUGGAAUUCAGGAUCAUCGGUCCACAGCUUGAGAACAAGAUCUGCUUUCAACUUAAACAGAGGAAUAAGCAAGACCAGUGAAUCGUUAAUAAAAAGCUUUAGCACUCCUUUGAUACCUAGAAAUGCCAAACUACUUGACGGAAAAGGGACAAAGAAGGAUCAGCUUAAAAACACAAAAGCAAUUUCUAAUCUGAGUAUGCAAGGGAUUAUGAAGAACAUCGGAAAAUACAGUUCAAUACAAUUUCAGGAUUAUUCGAUCAGAUCGAAAGUUACAAAGAAUAAUAAAUCAAAUGAGCCGAUGAAAGCAUUGCCACAACCAGGAGUCGUUCUGCUUAAUGCAAGGGGCAGCAUAUCACAAAACACCGUCUCAAGGAAUACAAGCCUCAUGCAGAUACAGAGGAAGCCGAAUAAUAAAACCCGUCCACAGACUUCAGGAGGUGAGUUGACAGGUAGGGUGACACCGAGCCAACCGGCGAAUGUUAAAAGCAGACAAGAAAACAGCAACCACAGAGGCAAGACACCUACAAAAGUGGAAUCGAAACCGAAACAGCCUGAAAUACCGGUGGAAGAAAAUGUGCAAACCUGUAAAGAGGAAGAUAAGGAGAUGAAUAUUGAAACAACAAUAAAAAAGUGCAAGAAAUUCAACAAACUGCAUGAAGCAUGUGCCUCAAGGAUAACCAGCAACCAAAACCUAGCUGCAACCGUUGUGAAACAGCCGAUUAUAAUAUCCAAACAACAGAUUAGUAAGAAAUAUUUUAAAAGAAGCUUAUCCGGAGAAGAGACAGUUUUUGCAGGCAUUGAUUUAAGUUCAAGUUCUGAUAGUGAUGAAGAGUUCAUCCUAAGGGAGAAACACAGCGUCGCUUCAAUCCGACAUACUUUCCGAAGGUUUUUGGAAUCACAAGAGAACCUUUGUAGUGAUUUAUAAUUUACUUUAUGUAGACAUUUCCCCAAAAGUGCUUUCAGAUGGGCAUCAAACCACCAGUGUAAAAAAAAGGUGCCCAAUAAAAAUAAAUUUGAAAGAGGAAGUGUGUUUAAUACUUAUGUGAAUUACAUUUGAUAAUCCAAUUGUUAUUCAGAUACAAAAGGAUAACAGAAACGACAGAAGAAAAAUAUUGAUUAAAGGAGAAAAUAAACAUUUUUUAUUA